AUGGUCAAACUUUUGCUUGCCAUUGCGGCACUAGCAGUAACUGGCUCUGCCGCCAACGAAGCUGCAUCACGAGUCAUACAUGGCACCUACUUUGUUGAACUUGACAAAGGCGCUGAUGUGGCUGGCUUUGCACAGAGAGUCACGACAGAAGCCAAUGCUCGCAUUCGCCGGCAGAUUGACUACGCGCCUGACGAAGGAAAGGCAGGUGAGGCGUACAAGGCUGUUUCGAUCACGCUCGAGAAUGCAAGCAAGAUUAAUGAUGUGGCUUCCAUGGAUCAUGUUGUCAAGGUUUAUCCGGUUGAGAUGCAUUCGCUGGGCGGCGUUACUCCGUCAAAUGACGGAGCACCCAAGCAUGAAAAGCAUCAUUCGUCCAUCGGCAAGAUUAGCAAACGUCAGGCAAUGCGACAUGCGCUGCGUGAAACUAAUACCACGGCCUAUCCUCCCCACGCCAUGAUGCAAGUUGACAAACUGCACCGCAAAGGAAUCACGGGCAAGGGCAUCAAGAUUGGCAUGAUUGAUACUGGUGUUGACUAUGAGCACCCGGCACUCGGUGGAUGCUUUGGUCCCGGGUGCCUCAUUUCCUUCGGAGCAGACUUGGUCAAUAACGAGCCCACUCCCAAGGAUUGUAAUGGUCACGGAACCAACGCGGUCGGCAUCAUCGCUGCACAACCGAACGAGAUGGGCUUCACCGGCGCGGCGCCUGGCGCUCAGAUAGGCAUGUACCGCAUUACCUGCAGCGGUGAGUUUGCUACCGAUGUCAUGGUUGACGCAAUCUACCGCGCCCUCAACGAAAACGUGGAUAUCAUCUCGUCGUCGGCCGGACUUCCCGGUGGGUGGCCGGACAGUCUCUUGUCGUCAGCUGCGACGCGGGCCAAGGAGAGCGGUGUCGUUUUCGUCCAGGGCGCUGGCAACGACGCCGAACGCGGUCUGUUUUCACACAUCGACCCGGCCGUCGCCAAUGGUGUUAUUAGUGUAGGGUCGGUGAACAGCCGUGUGUAUCCCCAACUCCUGAAUGAGGCCAAGUACACCAUCGACGACACAUCCGCUGUCCCCUUCCACUUCUACCCAACAACACCCUCAGACAACUUCACCGGCACCCCAAUGGAGGUUUACGCCCUGCCUGUAAAUUCGACUGUUACUGGCAACGGUACUCAUACUUGUGGACCGCUCAGUUCUGACACACCGGAUUUAAGCGACAAGCUUGUCCUACUCGAUUUCCGCUCCGGCAAAGGGGACUGCAGCUUGAGGACUAGAGCCAAGUCAUUCCAUGAAAAGGGGGCUUCGCGCUUUCUCUUUUACAAGGAUGAUGAAGAGUGGAUGCCUGAUUUUUAUUAUGUGGACAACUUGCCUGAGGGGGUUGUUGCCGUUGGAAUGCUCGAGCUUGAUACCGCGACGGCGAUGCUCAGCGCGCUCCAGUCUGGCCGCCAGGUCCUUGCGACAGUGUUCUCAUCUGCUGAAGCACCCCAAUCCUAUGUUGAGACGCCAAAUGACGAGAUUGCAGGCGCUGUUUCCGGCUUUAGCUCCUGGGGCCCUUCCUGGAACCUCGGUCUCAAGCCUUCCGUGACCGCGGUUGGCGAAGAAAUUAUCUCGACGGACUCUAGGGACUCCAAUCCUUCCGGCUACACAGUCACACGAGGAACCUCGUUUUCAGGUCCCCUGAUUGCUGCUAUCGUUGCACUGAUUGGCGAGGCUCGCGGCUCUCUGGAUCCCGCCACUGUGGAAAGCCUUCUCGUUUCACACUCAAACCCGCAGCUUUACCACAACGGAGACGAAUUCAUGCCCUAUCUUGCCCCUGUUGCACAGCAGGGCGGUGGUCUGGCGCGUGCCUACGACGCUGCCUACGCGACAACUCUUGUUCAACCGGCGGGCCUCAACUUCAAUGACACGGAACAUAUGCCAGCCUCGCUCAACUUGACCAUCAAGAACAUUGGCAAUGACGCUGUGACGUACAGUCUGUCUCACGUGCCCGCUGUCACCGUCUAUACCUUUACAGAAGAUGGCACCACUUCUUCGUAUCCCGAUAUGCUUGACGAGAUUGAGGCCCCAGCGUCCAUUGCCCUGAGUGACACGACCGUCACCGUGGCCCCCGGCAAUUCCGUCAACAUCCAAUUGUCAGCGUCAGCUCCCAAUAGCCUUGACGCCAGUCGAAUGCCCCUGUGGUCUGGCUGGAUUGCUAUAAACGGAUCCGAUAGCAGCGCACUCUCUGUUCCUUACCAGGGAUUUUCCGGUUCCAUCCGCGAACACCAGGUCCUGCCACCCGACGGCGCCUCGCUUAUCUACGGAAAUAGCUCUCUAAGUGAGGGCACCACUGUUGUGUUACCAGCACCGGGCAGUCUCACAGAAUCUCCCCUUGCGUUGAACAUCAACACAACCCUGGGAACCCCUCUGGUGCACGCCGACGUUGUGCCCGCGAACAAUGGCACAUCAUAUGCAACCAAUUCUACUACACCGAUUGGCCAGAUUCAAGGGUUUCCCGUCCCGUGGCGCCCAAGCAGCUUACAGAACACAUCGCCAGACUUGCUUCAAUUCGUCCGGUUUGACUGGAAUGGUCAGCUCGACACAGGUAGCUAUGUUCCCGAGGGGUACUACAAACUCGUCGUACGAGCUCUGAGAAUCUUCGGCAACUCUAGCAAUGAGGAGGACUGGGAUGUAAGUGAAUCGCCGCAGUUCAAGAUUACAUACAGCCAGAAAGAAAUUUUAUCCAGGAAGAUUCGUCGCCAAGCCGAAAGGGGAUACAAUUAG